AUGAGCUCGUCAAACGCCCCCCAACGGCAGGGCUCCAUUGAUCCUUUCUCAAACCCAGAUGUCUACUAUGGCAACGAGGAGUCUCUAGCGAGACUUCGUCGUGGACGCACCUUCUCGGCGAGCUUUAACCCCUACAGUGGAGAAGAUAUCAAUGAGUUCCUGGGUACUUUGCCUUCGAGGCGAGGAAGUCAAGAUGAGGCAAGCCGCCCCCGCAAAUUCUUUAUCGACGUAGAGAAGACCCUCGCAGCUCUCCUAAAACAAGAGGAUACCGACCAGAAUAUGCAAAUCACAAUCGAGGAUCUUGGUCCAAAGGUGAUUUCGGUCGGAACGGCAGCUUCAUCUGGAUUUAACCGAGUGGACGUGCGUGGCACAUACAUGCUUUCCAACUUGCUUCAGGAACUUACUAUUGCGAAAGACUAUGGUCGCAAGCACAUCGAGCUCGAUGAAGCCCGUCUCAGCGAAAACCCGGUAUCCCGACUCUCACGAUUAAUCAAAAACGUGUUUUGGAAAGCUUUGACACGACGUAUUGAUGGAUCAAAUAUUGAGAUCGCUGGAAGAGACCCAAAGGAUUGGACUGCGGACCCCAGACCACGCAUCUACAUUCCCCCAGGUGCCCCGGAGCAAUUCGAAUACUAUUCUAAGAUCGCUGAGGCCAACCCCAAAUUGCGAUUGGAAGUACUUCUGCUGGAUGCCGAUAUUACCCCGGAUUAUGUUAUGAAACUUGUAGAGAAGCCAGGCUUAUUGGCACUCGACAUGGAAAAGACGAUCAACGAGACCACCCAGAAAGAAGAUCUCCAAGGUGUUCCCUUCGUUGUACCAGGAGGUCGAUUCAAUGAGCUGUACGGAUGGGAUAGUUAUAUGGAAUCUUUGGGCCUCCUUGUGAGCGACCGAGUUGAUCUUGCCAAGGGCAUGGUUACGAACUUCUGUUUCGAGAUUAAGCAUUACGGAAAGAUUCUCAACGCCAACCGAACCUACUACCUGACUCGCUCUCAGCCUCCCUUCCUGACUGAUAUGGCACUUCGCGUCUAUGAGCGCAUCAAAUUAGAGCCGGAUUCCAAGGAGUUCCUUCGAAAUGCAGCCCUUGCUGCUAUCAAGGAAUACCACAGUGUCUGGGCUUGUAAGCCACGUCUUGACCCAGCUACAGGGCUUUCGAGAUACCGUCCUCAGGGAUGGGGCGUGCCACCUGAGACUGAGCCUACUCAUUUCACUCAUAUCCUCAACCCUUAUGCUGAAAAGCACGGAAUGACAUUCCAGGAGUUUGUCAAGGCAUACAAUACUCGUCAGGUCGUCGAGCCUGAGUUGGAUGAAUAUUUCUUGCAUGACCGAGCAGUGCGUGAGUCUGGUCACGAUACUAGCUACCGUCUUGAGCGAGUGUGCGCAAACUUAGCUACUGUCGAUCUUAACUCACUGCUUUACAAGUAUGAGGUUGAUAUUGCACGCAUGAUUCGAACCCACUUCAAGGACAAGUUGGAUAUCCCAGUUGAAUUCAGAACAGCCCAAACUCAAAAUGUUGAGUUUGAGACUUCCGCUGUCUGGGACCGUCGUGCUCGCAAGCGUAAGCAGAAGAUGGAUCAGCUCUGUUGGAGCGAAGAGAAAGGAAUGUUCUUCGACUACGAUACUGUGAAGAAGGAGCGCAAGGAGUAUGAGACCGCAACUACCUUCUGGGCCAUGUGGGCCGGUCUUGCGACACCAGCACAAGCUGCCGUUAUGGUCUCCAAGGCUCUUCCUCGAUUUGAGAACUUCGGUGGCCUUGUCUCGGGCACAGAAGAGUCUCGAGGCCCCGUCGGUUUGGAGCGACCGAACCGACAGUGGGAUUACCCUUACGGCUGGGCACCCCAGCAGAUGCUCGCUUGGACUGGAUUCCUGCGCUACGGAUACCAAGAUGAAGCAGAGAGAUUGGCAUACAAGUGGCUGUACAUGAUUACAAAGGCAUUUGUCGAUUUCAAUGGUGUUGUUGUGGAGAAGUAUGAUGUGACACGGCCGAUUGAUCCACACCGCGUGGAUGCCGAGUAUGGCAACCAAGGCACUGAUUUCAAGGGUGCACCACGUGAAGGUUUCGGAUGGGUCAACGCCAGCUACGUUUAUGGGCUGGAGAUCCUGAAUGCGCACAUGCGCCGUUCUCUGGGAACUAUCACGCCAUAUGAUACGUAUAAGAAGGCAAUUGAUGCACAGAAUGCCUUUUAA